AUGAAAUGUUUAAAAUUUACAGGGUUUGAGUUUCAAGUAGUUACGAUUUAAAAUGAUUUUAAAUAAAAGAAGUUUGUACGGAUAUUUAUAACUGAGGUUAUUUGUUAGAGGAUACCUGCUUUUAUGGGUACCAUCAGAACUUCUGUACAAGCUUCAAUGCUGCAAAAUCUCCAAGGAAGGCUGAUAUGCAUAAUUGGUUUGUCCUGCUUAAGUGUGGUAAUUUUGGUGUUUAUAGGUUGGGACAUUGAAGAUACACUUACUCGGAACGCAGGGCCGUCAGAGAUGUUGAAUCCUUCUGCAGACAAAAGGUAUAUCACUUCUCGUCUAAACCGAAGUCACCCAGAUGAAUCGUCGCACUGGAAAAUAAGUGAAUUGCGAAAAUUAGGAAAACUAGUACAGCGUAGGCUUUCGUAUUUGCAGAAUCCGAAGAAUUGUACAGCUGCAAGAAAAGUAUUAUGUAGACAAACCAGCCAUGGUUUUGGAAGUAAUCUACACCAGCUGACGUUCUGCUUAAUCGUAGCUUACGCUACACAAAGGACACUGAUAUUAGAAUCAAAGGGCUGGAAGUACGCUAAGGAGGGAUGGGAAACGAUGUUUCUUCCUCUCAGUGGUAAUUGUACAUCGACUAUGAACCAUAAAGUUACCAUAACUAAAAAUUUAAGCAAUAUAGCACACAUCAAAGUGAUUGGAUUACCAUUGAUGCAGCACUUGUCAUAUCGGCCAAAGUAUCUCCCAUUGGCAAUACCAGAGGACCUUGCAGACAAUCUAACCCGUGUACACAGAAACCCGUCAGUCUGGUGGGUUGGACAGUUCGUUAAAUAUCUAACAAGACCAAAAAGAACAUUGCAAAAUCAUUUUCAACAACGUCAGAAGAAAUUAGUCUUCAAGCGACCAGUUGUUGGAAUACAUGUUCGAAGAACAGACAAAAAACUUGAAGCUGAUUAUCAUCGUUUGGAAGAGUAUAUGAAGCAUGUCGACAAAUGGUUCAACAUUCACGUAAAAAAUGAUACCAAGUCACGAUAUAUUUAUCUCGCUACUGAUAAUCCAGAUGUUCUGAAAGAAGCCCAAAAUAAGUACCCAAAUUACACAUUUAUUCACGAUGCAGAAGCGUCCAUAACCGCAAAACGUACAAGAUACACAGAAUCAUCUCUCCAAGGGAUUUUGUUUGAUGUUCAUAUGUUGUCUAUGUGUGACUUUGUGAUUUGUACGAUGUCGUCAAAUGUUGGCAGACUUGUGUACGAACUUAUGCAGUCACGAGAUGGGGAAGCGUCUAACCGUCUUUUAUCCUUAGAUACCGACUACUAUUUUAAUCAAAAAGCUUAUGUGAAACAGUUUGUGCAAAGCUUUAAACAAAAUGGUACAUCUGGAGUCAACAUGAAAGGAUUCGCUCUCGUGAAUGACAAAAGAUCUAAUCCGUCAAGGCCAAUAUUUACAGCUGACAAUAAGAUCAUGCGAGUUGCAAUGCCGGUGUAUUCCGAAAGAAAACAACUGGAACCGAAUCAAACCGAGAGACCGACUAGCCAGUUCAAGUAAAGACAGAUCAACUGGCAACAGCGGACAAAAAUGAGCAAAAUAAUUAAAUGUGCGAGUUUUCGUCACUCCACCAAACUUUAUCAAAAAUAUUCUUUUAAAAGCAUAACAUAAGACAACCAUAUGGAACCUAUCUCGGAAUUAUUCAUGUCAAGUAAACAAAUCGAAACUUCUAACGAGCCCUUGAUAUUUUUGGCAGUUUGCUUCAUAAUUCUGACAGCGAAUUUACAAAAUUUCUUACAUAUUUAUAAAAAAAAAUAUUCAUUUAUUUUACCUCUAUCCAUUUUUAAAAAGGGGUAAUAUCAUUGAUGAGGAUACAACAGUCUACGUCUUGGCCUAGUUUUGACCUACUAUUGUAUAGUAAGUAAGAAACAGGAAGCGAUCGAACGUACUUUAAUUGCUACUACUGUAGCGUUCUGUAUAUAGUGGUCUAGUACCUGAGGGGGAUUCUUUUUGCAUGAAGGACGGAUUACACCAAACAUGAAGUGACUACUCAGUUGUUACAUGUGAAGUAGUCCAAAAUGUAGUUCUAUGCUAUGGAUGAAAUCUAAUUUAAUGAGUCAUAUGAGGAGGUGACAGUUAUAUUUUUGGCUUAGUUUUAUUGCUUAUUAUAUUGAGAAAAGAUCUAGACCAUUUUCAUUGAGAAUUUCCUGGAAUCAGUUUUAUUCUUUGAGAAAAUGUCUACAUACGCGUAAUUGCUAAACGGCUAUUUUCAUGGGGGCACUUUAGAGUUACAUUCUAACAAUUCAGUUCCUUCUUUAUUUCAUAUAAACAAGAAAAUAUUCAGACCUCAUUUUCAGCACUUUAGAGCAUUUCAAUGAUAUGAAAACCAUAUAUGGUCAUUUAGUAUGACAUGUCUUCUUAUCAAAAAUAGAAAAAUAUUGACAUGUUAUAUUACAUAUAAGAAAAAUAAUCUGUUCUGAGAAACAUCACUCUCUAAACAUGCCCCCAUGAAAACGGUGUAAUCCGUCCUUAAAGGAAAUUUUCCAUACUCAGAAAGUGUUAUUUUCACUUAAAUUGUACCAGUAACCUAAGUGCAUGAAAAAAUACCAGUUUGAAUUUGAUACCAGCAAUUUUCAAGGUUUUACGGCUUUUUCAGUAACGUAUGCUAGCGCACCAAAUUUCCUUUUAAAAAGCUGUCGCGACAUAAUUCAUGGCCACUUUUCCUUGCUGGGGCUUAUGCUUGCUAUAUUUUAUCAAUUUUUACCAUAAACUGCACUCAAAUCAUACACUUUUACUGUAAAAUAGACCAAAACUCACUGACACCUAAAAUUUAGCAAUAUUUAGUCAGUGAAGAUGCAUUUUUGGAAAAAAAUACCCCCUAAUCAGUGAUAUUGAAAUAUUUUUAGUUUUUCUACACUUUCUCUGCUAAAUUGCUCUGAAAUUGUCAUUUUCUAUCAUUAAUUUGGCCAAACUAGCCCAUUUACAGCCACAUUUAAACAAGUUUCAAUUUUUACCCCUGCUCAACUUAAAAGGUUCCCUGAUAAUCUUGAAUAAUUAUCUAGGUGGUUAUCUGAGGUGCAAAAAAGUCUAGGGUGGUAGUCUUAAGUCAUGUUGCCAUCCGAGAGAUCCAAGAUGGCCGCCAGAUGGUCGCUACAUUUUUCAGCUGCACGAAACUCCAGAUAUUAUCCAUGCUUUAUAUAUUGUGGGAUUGAAGUGAGCCUUUUAUGGCACAGUUCGUCCCAUUUGAUCAAGUUUUCAUAUUUCCUAGCGAUUUUGUCCUAAAAAUGUCAUAGUAAUUGCAAAAUACAAGUUGUUUAUUAUCAUGGAAACUGUCAAACAUAUUGAAACAAUUAGUAAUAUUUUAUUUUUAUUAAUUGUUCUGAUUAGAAUGUUAGUGUUAAAUAAUAAUGAUGAAACGUAAAGCAUUUUAAGUAAUAAUCAACAAAAGUGAAAUAAAUUAAAACCCAAAUUGAGUUUUACAUGCAAAAUCAAAUGGGUGGCGUAAUUCAACAUGAAAAAUUAAAAGCUUUACUUGUGUUGUAAAUAAUUACCUGUGCUGUUCAUUUGUAAAUAUAGUGCCUUCGAAUGGUCAUGAUGUACCCAAACGCUUGUACUUUACUGAGAUGCAAGUGUAUGGGCAUAUUAUGACCAUAGAAGUCACAAUAUUUACUACUGGACAUCAACAAGUGAUUAUUUACUAAACAAUUACGGAUUUCUAUUUUUCACGCUGAAUUAACCCCACCACUUGAUUUUGCAUGCAAACACUAUUGGUCUUCUUUUGUUGAUUACUGUUCUAAAUGAACAUAACUUUAUCAGCAUAUUUAAAACUAUCAUUUUAAUCAGAACGAUUCAAAUAAAAUAAAAUAAAAUACUACUCACCGUUUCAAUACUUUGACCGUUUCCAUGGUGAUGAAUUAUAUAUAUUUCAAGAAAACACUAUGACAUUUGUCGGAUAACAUCGAUAUGAAAUAUGAAACUUUGAUCAAAAGCGAUAAAUUGAGCCAUAGAUAGCACACUUAAGUCACACCAUGUGUAAGGCAUUUGCAAGUACAUUGAGCUUUGUGCAACUGAAUAUUUUGGCGGCCAUAUUGGUGGCCAUCUUGGAUUUCUUGGAGAGCACUAUGAUUUCCGAUUAUAAACCUCGAUUUUCUUGGACGCUUGAAAACUACCAAGAAAAUAUGAAUGGAAAAAUACUGGAAAAUGUGUAUAGCUGUCAUAUUUUGCAGGGCUGUGUGAAAAAGAAACGGGGGCCAUAAAGUCCAAGUUUCCAGAUGGAGAAUGGCACACGCUUCAUGCCCAAAUGUUGCGAUACAAUAUUCAUAAACGAAUUUCAUCUCCGGUUUAGAUGUGUCGCACCUGUGUCAAGAGCCACUCUGCGUGAACGUGGAACGCAUGAGCCUUGCACCCCAUAGUAUUAAUACUGAGAGGCAGAUGUGUGUUGUUGUCAUAUCAACGAGUAUUGUAUUCUUGUUAUUCUAAUUAUUCUAACAUUAAAUGGUAUCACUGUUUCAUAAUUUUUAUCAAUGUUGUCUGAGUACAUAUGUUUUAAAGGGAAACAGAGUUGGCAUUUGUUUCAAGAUUGGGAUUUAUUGGGGGUUUUAUGGUAGCUACUUUGGGGUAUUUUUUAAACAUUAAAGCAAUUACAAUGUCUUUCCAGUCGUCAGUUUGCACUGUUUUAAAGCACUGAAUCAUUCCUUACUUAUUGAGAAAGGGAGACAUUAUAACAUUGAACGAUGUGAAAGAAAAUGUACAUUUUGUGACAAUAAAUUAAUAGGGGAUGAAUUUCACUAUCUAUUUGAAUGUUACUUUUUUAGUGUCAGUAAGGGGCCUCCGUGGCCGAGUGGUUAAGGUCGCUGGCCCCUCAUCGAUGUGGGUUCGAGCCUCAUUCGGGGCGUUGAUUUCUUCAUGUGAGGAAGCCAUCCAGCUGGCUUAUGGAAGGUCGGUUGUUCUACCCAGGUGCCUGCUCGUGAUGAAAUAAUGCACGUUAGUGUCAGUAGAAAAAAGUUCAUGCUACAAUAUUAUUUUAACCAUCCUAGUUCAUUCAAACUAGAUGAUCUUAUGAAUUGCAAAAUCAAGCCAAAACUUACUAAACUAGCAUUAUUCUGUAAGGUCAUUUUGUCUCAGUUUUAAUAAUUUCAUUCUCCAUAAAAUAUACUGAUCUCAUAGUUGGAUGCACAUAUGUAACUUCUCGAAGUAGCAACAUCAAAUGAUAUAUAGUUCUAUUUUUAGAUUGCAGUAUGCUGCAUUGUUGUUUUGUACACUGAGCAUUGUCUUUAGACUGGUUCAGUAUGUGUAUCAAUGUUGUCAUCACAUGCAUAAACUUGAAAAACUUGAUAGUCAUUACAACAUAUUUCAUUUGGUAUUGACAUCUGCCGUGAAAACUUGUUUAAUUUCCCUGAAAAGGCGCUGCCAUUGUUGUAAUACGAAAACAAAUGCAGUGUUAAAAAUCUUACUUUAAAUGUUAGGACUUUAUUAUUACAGAAGAUACAAUAAUAUCAGUAGUCACGUUUGUUUCAAUACGAAAUAUUUUUAAAAUUUCCGUUAAGGAUGUCUGUACCACUCUGUGGCUUCUGAAGAUACUUUUUCUUAAAAACACCCAUAGUGUAUCAGAAUAUAAUGUUUGCUCAUUCUCUUUUGUAUGUUUCUGUUUGUGUAAUCUGAUUUAGUAUAUCUAUUCAGUUUUUUCCAACAGAAUGGAGGUAAAUAGAGGUAUCACUUUGAACAGCUAUGAACAUCAGAGUUUCCUCCCCUCCAUGUUAAAGGCACACAGUGUAGUUGUUCCUAAUGGUAGUCUGACCUUCAUGUAUUUAGGUGUUCUUGUAGCUGCCGUCCCAUGGAUAGUAAACUGCUUUUACUUUUUUUUGCUGCUUUGCAUACUUUUCCUGGUAUUUCUCCUCCACCUGCACUUGCCGACGAGAGUGCCGAUUACCGUUUGACAGGUGUACUCCCAAGUAUUCAAGUUUCUUUCCAGAAGAAUUGUGGAUGCCGACCAGCAGUGUGGCAGAAACACACUGAUUGGGCGGUAAACUGCUAUUCUUGUCUUUUCCCCGGGUUUCAGCAAGGAACAUUCCGGCGCUGAAAUGUGCCAGGUAACAUUGUCGAAACUGAGCCUGUUCGAGAUGAGUAGCGUCUGCCUGACGUUCGACCUUCUAAAAAAAGAUCAGGUAAUCACAUAGCUUCUCCUACUCCAGCAGCUCAUCUUGCAUUUCCGUCACCGGUAACAUACUUGAAAUAUGCUCCAGGUACCCCUAGCUGUUCUCCAAAGAUUUUCUCUAGCUGGUGCUCAGACAGAGGUGCAGUACGAUGAAGAGACGUUGUGCAGUCUACAUUGCCGUCUGGGCAUUUUCCAUCGUAGUCUUUGUUUCGAAGCCAGGCACCUGUCCGACAGAGCUUGUUCUGAACCGCUGCAGCAAUGAUACACUGCUUCUCGGUCAUUGAUUCACAGGCAAUUCCAAUAUACUGGGAAGCAUUCUGUCCGGCUUUCUUACGACUGAAUAUUGUGGUUGAAUUGUAUCGACCAUCUAUCGCUAUGUGGAUUAAAUUUUCUUGAUCAUCCCGUCUUCUGUUCGCCUCCUUUAACAGCUCUAAUUUUUCCGACAUAUCGCUGUUAUUUUGAAUUUGAAGUGCAUUGUAUAAAAUUGUAAGUGUUUUCCUGGGGGUUUAAAAAAUUUAAUAACUAUUCAUACUAAACUUGGCAAACAGCCAAAAAAUGUGGAAAUUGCUUGCCAACAACCCCAGACAGACAUGGGUUCCACAGAAGUAACAAAGGUGUCGAGCUCGUCUCUGCUGGAGUGUUGUGUAUUGGUCAAUAUACAGGUACAGAAUUUUUAUUCGAAAGAAAUCAUUUAGUAGAAGAUAUAUUUUUUUUAAAAAUGUGAAAAAAAAAAUAAACUACUGACUUACUAUGAAAUUUAAAUACAUUUUAAGAUAGAUAUUGAUAAGCUGAACAAAUCAAGUUAAUUUGAUGAUAGAUAUCCAAGAAAUGAAAAAAUAGCCAUUUUAGUUUCGGAAUUUCACAAAUCUGCGGCUGCAGUUUGAUUAGUGUUCUAUAUACACCUGUCGUAAGAAAACGGCUGUCAGUUAAGAAAAAUAAUAUAAUGACCUUAAAACGCCAGGAUUUGUUAAAAAUUUCCUAUAUUUUAUAUUGCUAGAUUAUAAUUUAAAUUCAUUGACAAAUCUGUACUAACUAGGCACAAGAGCACAGUGACUUGCCCUUGGAUUACUACAAUAAGGAAGUGCUUUAAUACUCGGAAAAUAGUUCCUCUGUUUGAUACUGAAUAGUGAUGAAAGAUUGAAUGAAAGACAUGCAAUAAAUGGCAUAAUUUAAAACAAGAGACGUGAAAUAAUAGAUAAAUUAGAAAUUCGAUAGAAUUAUGUCAGAAUAGGCAAAAGCAAUACUGGCUAAAUACAUGAGUAAUCUAACAAAGCUACUUUCUCAAGUUAUUGUGCAGACUGGAAUCUUACAAUUGUAACUCGUCUGGUUUACAACAUCAUGUUUUGUUUAUUUUUUAUCAACACCAGUCAUAAAGAGCUGGUUCCAUGCGAAAACACUAGAAACUUUAUUUUCCACCCUUUUAAAUUCAUCAGAUAUAUUGUAUUGAAACUAUUUCUUGUUAAGUAUUUUAUUUUGUAUGAAAAGUAAAUUAUCCUACAAUAAACUGCUAACUUAAGAAUUGGUUAAGUCCUUUGCUUUACGAGAUGAUUUAGCUUUACAUAGUCUUCGCUAACCGCCCAUGCAGUUAUUGUUCUAUUUCCGCUUUUAUGGCUUUUGUCACGUACGUAAAAGAAUUUACCUUAAAUAUAUCUAUAGCAGGAGCCAUGAUUCGACUAUUCCGGUGAUGCGGCAGCCAGUUUGUUUAAUUCGAAUUCGUAUCGGAAAAUUACUAACAGGACAAGGAAUAUUUCUGGUCUGCACUUGGCGUCUCUUGACCAAUAGUUUCUAAAUGCGAUAAACGUGUACAGUGUAACUUCCGAAAACCGGACCUUCUGAAAACCGGAAACCUUUGAAAACCGCACGAAACUCAAUGUCCCGUUUUUUCUGUUCUUAUUUCCAUAUAUUUUUAACCUUUUAAAAGCGGAACUUCCGAAUUCUGAAAACCGGACGAUUUUUGAAGCACCGUUUAUAUUUUAACACUAAAAUUGACUUCUGAAAACCGAACAGCAAAAUAUUUGCUGGAUUAAAAGUGUCACCUGAUCAUCCAGAAACGCUGUCAACAUGUUUGUUUGUUUAUUUAUUAGCGGCGCGCGUUUAUUUUGACACUUUGACACGCUAAAUAAUCACAAUGAUCAUUUGAUGCAAAAGUAAGGAAGUACUUAGCGAUUAUUUUCAUUUGUAUUCAAUUUAUGAAAACGUGAUGAAUUAAAUAUCUUAUGUGUUUAAAACUUUCUUAAUAUUUGAAUGAAAGAAAGAUAGAUGAUUUAAAUGAUUUCGUUACACCGAUUAAACUAUGCAUUAUCAACAUUACUUAAAAUAUAAUGUUGACGAACUCGGGACUCCAAAGAUGGUAAAAUGUAAGUGGAAAAUGUUUGCGUAAAUGCCAUUAUUAAAGUUUUGUUGUUUCUUUUUAUAUUUGUUAUUUAUGUAUUUAUUAUCCUUAAUGUUUGUUAUAAUUUAAUUAAUUAAUCAAUUAAUUAAUUAAUAUGAAAUUGUAAAAUUAAAAAGGAUAAAAAUCUCCUUCAUCCUACGUGUAAGAAAACAUAACUCUUGUGCACCACGUCCACUUUGCCUACAAACUUUCAAACUUCUGAAUUCCGGAAACUUCCAAAAACCGAACUUUUAGGCUGGUCCGGAGGUCGUUCGGUUUUCGGAAGUUACACUGUAUACGGUUCCUCAGUGUUUUUCUUUCUUUAAGUAUCUACAUGAGCAUUUAUUUCUACACAUGUUGCUUUUUAUUAGCAUUUGCGUUGAUAAAUUAUUUACAGCACCCUGUAACUUUGAAGCAUGAAAAGGGUUUAAGAAGAGAUGGUUGGUUCAUACCAUUAAACACUCCCCAAAUGGUGUUUUUGUCACCGACUGUUCAAAGAUGGUGCCUCACUAUGUAAUUUGUGUGUUUGUCCUUGUCGUCGACUUGUUUUACUUCGUCUAAAUUCUAAGCAUUUACAAAUCUGUACGAACACUGCGUAAACAUUAAUGUGCACCUAUUGGAUGUAUACGAACGCAAUGAGUGUAUAAUAUAUGACGAAAGAUUAGGUUUAGAUUAAGCGUAGGUUUAUAGCGUAUAUUCAAUGUGUGUGAACGUUCAAGGAUGAAUUAAUGCCUUCCACACAAAUUGAUGUAUGGUUUCGAUCUUAGGAGGCUGCAAUCUUGAAUCAGGGCCAUUCUUAUUUUUGUUUUUGUUUUUGUUUCAUCUGACGUGUUGCAAAUGCCUUGACGCUGGUCUCAGCUUUGUUAUCUUUUCUGGGCUUUGGGAUCAUGGAGUUAAUACACGUUUAAUAGAUUUCCACAUAAACCGGUGCUAGCGGGUGUGAAGGGUGUUGCAAAUUUCAUUACCUCCCAUAAAUAAACUAAAUAAAACCGAGUCUGCUGUUUUUU